UUUCAUUUAGACAAAGAGGCUCAAUCAGAUUGGAGGUUUUCUCCUAAUUCUCUCAACCCUCGAGCUAGGGUUCCUCAAGUGCAGAAAGAAGAAGAAGUGUUAUGACGAUGCUUUUACGUGAGUUCCUUGGAUUAGAUCGGAAGCUCCUCGGCCCAAAGAAAGCAAGCCCAUAGUGUUGAUCGGACUGGAAGCAGUUAGAGGCACGUGCGGAGCUCGAACAGAAGGUUGACGGUUGAAGAAUGAAGCAGAGUUAGUUGAAGAUAAGUCGAGAAGCUUCGAAGUUAGUUAACGAUUCUUUCCCCUUUCCCCUUUUCUUUUUCUUUUCUGUUUUGGAUUUUCCCCUAUAAAAAGGGAAGUUUUGUACUGAAUAGGUACAUGUAGUGGGUGACAGACACUAUACUUAGACUAGGUUUUUACAAAUUCUCGCUUUAGUUUUAGAUUUACUGUUUUCAUAGAAGUAGAAACUUUGAUCUUUGCUUCGCUGGGGUUCUUUGAUCUCUCCAUUGGGUGACAGACGAUGGAAUCUUUGACUCUGGUGAAUUCUUGGCACUUACUGGAGGAAGGUUGAGUGGGAAGGAAAUAGUUGCUGCUAGACUGGCAACUCAUUUUGUCCUUUCUGAGAUAGAAUCAAUUCUCCAAGUUGUAGGAUCAACUGCACUUAUUCAAUUUACAAGCAAGGAGCUUUUAUGUGCUGAGGUAAGUAUGUUUUUCACAGCAGAAUGCAAUUUUUUUUCCCUCUAUGUUUUUUAUUAAUUAUCAUAAUCAAUUAUUUGAAUAAUUCACCUCUGGUUAUUAGAGGCAAGCAUUGUUUUUGCAUAUCUGUGCUUCAACUUUGUAAUUCCUCCUUCUAAUAACCUUAUUGUGUUAUAUCAAAUAUCAACAUCAGAUAUUUCCCUUCAAGGAAUGAGGCUUUUUUCUGAUGAUGUCGUCAAAAUGUGAGAAUUUAAACAGGGUAAAACAUGAUAUACUAGAGAAUUACAGCAGAUACAUGUAGGUUAUACUUUACAUGUUACACAUAGGUUGCUAUCAAUGAUAGCUAGCUAUUGUUUACAGGAGUAAAUAUCUUAAAACAAGACAUAGUUACUACUUAAAGUAAAGCUCAACAAGCCUCUUCAAAGUGUCAAAUACACUAGUGAAAGGAUUAAGCUCAAUAGGGGAGUUCAGUCCUAUAUCAGGAAAUUAGUUUGUAAGUGCCUGCUGCAUUCCAAACAUAGACAUCAUAGCAGCCAGCUGACUAUUGGACAUGACUUCACAAUCCUGUGGUGUAUCUUUAAUUUUGCUUGGCUCAUAUCCAAACUUUGUAAGGUAAGACUUGUACUUCUCAAUAAAUUCAGGUCCAGGGUUAGGUGUCCUUGAAUAUAUCUGAUAUUCAUUAAUAACUAUUAAUCAAAGAGCUGUGUGAUGCAGUGUUGUUUCUUUUCUUUAUCUAAACUAACAAAUAGCAUUAGAUGUCACAUAUGACAUCGUUGAAAAUUCAAAUAAAGCUUUUAUGAAUGAAGUUCAAUGACUACAAAGUUAUAAUGUUUGCUUAACACAUGGUUCAAGAUUCAAGAAUAUUUAAGUUCAGUAAAUACCUGGAUAAAACUUUUAUCCUUAGCUCCCGAAACAAGAUGUUUGCCCUGAAUUCACAAGGCCUGAUUCUUUUUUGGGUUUAUGAAAACAGGUGAAAAAAAUGGCCCUUCAUAACAUGAAUACAACAAUAAAAAAAAUAUGUGAACUUACAAGCAGAACAUGAUUGCAUGAGCUAAAGUAUAUUUUAAGAUUCCUUUGAACCUUUCAUGUCUAAGUUCCAUAUCAUGUAUUCUUUUUUGCACAGAUUAAUUCUCAAAAUUGGUUGCUACCUUGAUGGAAACCCGGCAUGCUUCCAUCAUACCUGUUUCUAUUCUUUAAUUUAUGGUGACCUUGAUUCUGUACAGAUUAACUCUCAUCUAGUUUCAAGGAGUGGAUUUAAUCCAAAUCUGUUUUUAGGUUCUAAUUAAUUAGAUUUGGAUUUCGUCUUUCCAAAUGUUGUUUAAUGGGUGUCUCCUUGUGUAGAUUUGGUGUUUCAUAUGCCUAAAUCAGAAGCUGUAGCAUAUUCUUUUGUGCACAAUGUAUUGAAUGCAGAAUUCUUGAAUAAAUAGUUAACUGAACUAUUGCAGUGUAACUGGACUAAAAAAGUUCAGUUUAGUUUUUUUGAACUAUUUUUUAGUUCAGUUUAGAUUACUUGAAUGAUUUUAUAGUUAACUAUAAUUGUUUAUAGUUAAGUGCAGUUUAGUGCACUUUGCCCACCCUACCUACCCCUCCGUCGACCCCUAUGUUACGUUACAACGAAAAGGGUUUAGGGUUUUUGUGAAGCAAUGGACAAAGAAAACCAACAAAGUGUGCCGGUUCUGCCAUGGAUGCGCCACCCCGUCGACGUCACUCGCUGUGAACAACUCUCCCUCCGCAGAGUUCCUUUUCUGGACCGCAGAUUAAAGUCGGCGCUAGAGAACAUGGAAAUAUCAAAUCUGUUUCCGGUUCAAGUCGCGCUGUGGCAAGAAACUAUUGGACCAGGUAACUUUGAGCGAGACCUUUGUAUAAACUCGCCCACAGGAAGUGGCAAAACCUUGGCCUAUGCUCUUCCCAUCGUGCAAAAGUUGUUGCCUACUUCCACUGUCAAGUGCCUUCGUGCUUUGGUUGUGGUUCCCACCCGCGACCUUGCCUUGCAGGUUAAACAGGUUUUCGAUGCUAUUGCAUUGCCAUUGGGCCUGCGUGUGGGGUUGGCUGUUGGUCAAUCUUCGGUUGCUGAUGAGAUAUCUAGUCUCAUUUACCUACCGGGCGAAGAGGAGGGUGUAGAUCCUGGGUUUUUGUCUCCGUUCUGGUUUCAAAGUAAGGUGGACAUAUUGGUGGCAACCCCCGGAAGGCUUGUGGACCAUGUCAACUUGUCUAGGGGUUUCACAUUGAAGCAUCUUCAUUAUCUUGUGGUUGAUGAAGCUGAUCGGUUGCUCCGGGAGGACUACCAGUCCUGGUUGCCCACCGUACUUAAGUCGACCCAAUCUAGCAACAAUGAUUAUGGUGGUGAUGAUGUUUUCCAAUUGGGGUUCCCUUAUUCUCCCUGGAGUAGAAGAACAUGUAGUGGAGUUGAGAGGGGGUCUAACCCUCACUCUAGGCUGGCAAAGGUGGUUUUGUCUGCGACAUUAACUCGAGAUCCAGGAAGGCUUGUUAAGCUUAAUUUGCAUCACCCUUUGUUCCUCAGUGCUGGCAAAAUGCGGUAUAGGCUCCCAGAAAAUUUGGAAUCAUUCAAACUGAUCUGUGAAAGAAAGGUCAAACCCCUGUACUUGGUUGCCCUUUUGAAAUCCCUAGGAGAAGAAAAAUGCAUAGUUUUCACAAGAUCUGUGGACUCAACACAUCGUCUAUGCAAUUUGCUGAAUUGUUUUGGAGAUCUGCAAAUUGACAUCAAAGAAUAUUCUGGUCGCCAACAUCAACGUGUAAGAAGCAAGACACUGAAUGAAUUUAGAAAAGGGCAGUUUCAAGUGCUUGUAUCUUCUGAUGCAAUGACUCGUGGAAUGGAUGUAGAAGGGGUAAGAAAUGUUAUUAAUUAUGACAUGCCCAAAUACAUAAAGACUUAUGUUCAUCGAGCUGGCAGGACUGCAAGAGCUGGCCAGACUGGGCGUUGCUUUACAUUGAUGUCAAAUGACGAGGUUGGACGGUUUAAGAGGUUGAUGAAAAAGGCUGAGGCUAGUGCUUGUCUUGAGCAUACUGUUCCUUCCCAUUUGAUUGAAGAACUUCAUAGUACCUACCAAUCAGCACUAUCAAAAUUAAAGGAGAUAAUAUUGGAGAAUCGCAGGAAGCCCAAGGAUAAGUCCUGUCAAUAGAUCAGAAAGAGAGAAAAGAGAAAAAGUAUUUCACGGGAAUGGCUGCCAAUGAUUUAUAUAGAUAGUGAAGUUAAUUUAUUUUAUUACUUUACUAGAGUUAACCUAUUUUAAGAUUCUUGUAGAAUGAUAUUUAUUACUGUUUUAUUUAAUAUAUCAUUGUUUUUUAUAA